CGGGCGGCGCGGCGGCACGGGCCCGCAGUACGCAGGCGCGGGCAGCGCGGGGCGGGGCGGCGCCGCUCACUUCCUGCCCGGCCGUACCGGUACCGGCACCGGCAGCGGCCCCGGACCGGCCUCGCCAGCCCCGCUCCGCCCGGCCCGGGCCCGGCCCGGUCCGGCCUGCUGCCAUGUCGUUCCGCAAGGUGGUACGCCAGAGCAAGUUCCGGCAUGUCUUUGGGCAGCCGGUGAAGACAGAGCAAUGCUACGAUGACAUCCGUGUGUCCCGCGUCACCUGGGACAGCACCUUCUGUGCAGUCAAUCCUGCUUUUGUGGCCAUCAUCGUGGAAGCCAGCGGCGGGGGCGCUUUCCUUGUCCUGCCCCUGCACAAGACCGGGCGCAUCGACAAGUCAUACCCCACGGUGUGCGGGCACACGGGCCCCAUCCUCGACAUUGACUGGUGCCCCCACAAUGACCACGUCAUCGCCAGUGGCUCAGAGGACUGCACCGUCAUGGUCUGGCAGAUCCCCGAGAACGGACUCACCCAGCCCCUGACAGAGCCUGUAGUGGUGCUGGAAGGGCACUCAAAGCGUGUGGGCAUCAUCACGUGGCACCCCACCGCCCGCAAUGUCCUGCUCAGCGCAGGGUGCGACAACGUGGUGCUGAUCUGGAACGUGGGCACUGCGGAGGAGCUGUACCGCCUCGACGGGCUGCACCCUGACCUCAUCUACAGCGUCAGCUGGAGCCGCGACGGUUCCCGCUUCUGCACUGCCUGCAAGGACAAGAGUGUGCGGGUCAUCGACCCCCGCCGGGGCACCAUCGUGGCGGAGAAGGAGCGGGCGCACGAGGGGGCACGGCCCAUGCGGGCCAUCUUCCUGGCUGACGGCAAGAUCUUCACCACGGGCUUCAGCCGCAUGAGCGAGCGGCAGCUGGCGCUGUGGGACCUGCAGGAGAACCUGGAGGAGCCCAUGGGACUGCAGGAGCUGGACUCAAGCAAUGGGGCCCUGCUGCCCUUCUAUGACCCUGACACUAACGUGGUCUAUGUGUGCGGCAAGGGCGACUCGAGCAUCCGGUACUUUGAGAUCACAGAGGAGCCACCCUACAUCCACUUCCUCAACACCUUCACCAGCAAGGAGCCGCAGCGGGGCAUGGGCUGGAUGCCCAAGCGUGGGCUGGACGUCAGCAAGUGUGAGAUCGCCAGGUUCUACAAGCUGCACGAGCGCAAGUGCGAGCCCAUCAUCAUGACAGUGCCAAGAAAGUCAGACCUCUUCCAGGAUGACCUGUACCCCGACACAGCGGGCCCCGAGGCAGCCAUGGAGGCGGAGGAGUGGGUGGCGGGGCAGACGGCGGGGCCGGUGCUCGUCUCCCUGCGCCAGGCCUACGUGCCCAGCAAGCAGCGGGACCUCAAGGUGAGCCGCAGGAACGUGCUCAACGAGGGACGCCCUGCCGCCACGCCCCCUGCCGCUGCCACUGCGCCCCCUGCUGCUGCGCCUGCCCGCCUCAGCGCCCCCCCUGCCCUGGGCACUGCCACCACGGGCUCCACGGCCGGGGGGCGGCUGGAGGAGGUGCUGCAGGAGGUGGCCGCCCUGCGCCUGCUGGUGACGGAGCAGGGCCAGCGCAUCUCCCGCCUCGAGGAGCAGCUGAGCCGCCUCGAGAACGGCCAUGUCUAGGGUGCCCGGGGGCCCAGGCCCCCCACCCCCAUGCACCCCGCCCCCUUUGGGGACCCCAGCACGCCCCAGGGACCACGGCCAGGACCAUGGCUCUGCCCCGCAGCCCCCCAGUGCUAUCCAGACCUCCUAGGGACCCAGGCCCUGUCCCCAACCCCCUGGUACCACCCCAGGGGCUCCUUCCUGCUGCUGAGGCCCCCUUGUUUUGUACGGCUGACCAAACCCCUCCCUCCCCUUUUUCCGUGGUCACUUCCCCCAUCACCCCCAUUGCCUUACUGGGUGCUGCCCUUGGCUGUGCCCCCCAAAUCAUGGACCAUUUCCCCCCACCCCUCAAACUGCCCCCUCGGGACGGGGGAGUUGUUCUAGGAUCAAACACUAUAUGCCCUGCACCCCCUCUGCCCCCCAUGUCCCUGGGGGUUGUGGGGUCUUCCACCUCUCCUAUGGGGCAUGGCAUCAUCUGCUCUAUGCCUACGGGAGCAUGUCCUUCCCCAUAUUUUUUUGGGGGGAGGUUCUUCCCUUCCCCUCAUCUCCUCCUCCACCACCACCACCACCACCACCACCACCACCACGCAGGGUAAAAAUCUAUAUUUUCACUCCAAAUAAAGGUCUUUAUAAGAAA